AUGACUUCACGCGAAGAUUUGGUUUAUUUAAGUAAGCUUGCUGAACAAAGUGAAAGAUAUGAAGAAAUGGUUCAAUACAUGAAACAAGUAGCUGAAAUGGGAACUGAACUUUCAGUUGAAGAAAGAAACCUUAUUAGUGUUGCCUACAAGAACGUUGUUGGUUCAAGAAGAGCUUCAUGGAGAAUUAUCUCAUCUCUUGAACAAAAAGAACAAGCUAAAGGAAAUACUCAAAGAGUAGAAUUAAUUAAAACAUUAUUACUGAAUUCUUGUUAA